AUGACAAAAGAAAGUCAGCAAAAACUACUGCAGAAAAGCAUAGCAGAAGGAAAAUCGAAAACGGAUGAAAGAACAAAAAAAGAAAAACCAGAAAAAGGAGAAAAAAACCAGAAAACAGACGUCGGGAGAAAAAAGUUCCACUGGUCUCCGAAUAUCUCAUUGCCAAAGUUGAAAGUGCAUGGACCAGAUUUGUCUGGAAAACUUCAUGCAGAUGCACCUGAUGUGGAUGUGAAUGUGACUGGUCCAUCUGUGGAGAUGCCAUCUCUGAAAGCCAGUGGUCAUUUGCCUACUGUCGAUGUGUCCGUUCCCGAUGCAUCGUUGGGAGGUGAUCUAUCCGGUAAGCUCGAUUUGGAGGGUGUCGGUGUGGGAGUUGUGGACGCCGAUUUGAAUCUGCCAGACCUACAGAUCUCAGGAAAUGUGAGUGCACCGUCUGUCGAGGGAGACCUAUCCAUGCCAGAUGUUUCCGCCAAUCUGGACACAGAUGUGAAACUGCCCAGUGUGCAACUGACUGGUCCAGAUCUCCGUGUACAUGGUGAGAUGCCGGAUGUAGAUGUGGGUGCUAAGGUGGAUGUGCCGAAACCACAUAUUUCAAUCAAGACACCGAAAUUCGGGUUCGGUCUGGGCAAGAAGAAGACGAAAGUGAAGACUCCAAAGGCUGAUGUGAAAGUGGAGGGUGGAGCAGGUGGCGAUAUAGAUUUGGAUGCCGGUUUGGACGCUCACUUAGAUGGUAAAGCAAGAAAGGGAGGUAAGAAGUUCCAUUGGUCUCCUAAGUUCGGGUUGCCGAAGGGUGGUCUGAAGAUUGGUGGAGGUGCUGGUGUUGGAGUGCCGGACACCUCGGUGUCUGUCUCAGGUACGACUGGUGGUGUGGAUGUGUCUCUUCCGAAACCCGAACUCGAUGUCUCCAUGGAGGUUCCCGACGUUGGUGUGUCCGCCUCUGUGCCCGAAAUCGAUGUAUCAGGUGGUGAGUUGGGACUGACUGGGAAGGUUUCUGCACCCGGUGUGGAUGUCAGUGUUCCGUCGAAGAAGAAGAAGUUCACCUUCGGUUGGGGCUCGAAAGACAAGAAGGCGAAGAAGGUGAAGUUGCCCACAGUGUCGGGAGACGUGGAUGCUAGUUUGGAUGUGGGUGGAAAGGUUGAUGUUCCCAGUGUGAAAGUUGAUGUGGACUCAGGUGAUCGAGUCAAAGGUAAGAAGUUCCACUGGUCUCCGAAUAUCUCAUUGCCAAAGUUGAAAGUGCAUGGACCAGAUUUGUCUGGAAAACUUCAUGCAGAUGCACCUGAUGUGGAUGUGAAUGUGACUGGUCCAUCUGUGGAGAUGCCAUCUCUGAAAGCCAGUGGUCAUUUGCCUACUGUCGAUGUGUCCGUUCCCGAUGCAUCGUUGGGAGGUGAUCUAUCCGGUAAGCUCGAUUUGGAGGGUGUCGGUGUGGGAGUUGUGGACGCCGAUUUGAAUCUGCCAGACCUACAGAUCUCAGGAAAUGUGAGUGCACCGUCUGUCGAGGGAGACCUAUCCAUGCCAGAUGUUUCCGCCAAUCUGGACACAGAUGUGAAACUGCCCAGUGUGCAACUGACUGGUCCAGAUCUCCGUGUACAUGGUGAGAUGCCGGAUGUAGAUGUGGGUGCUAAGGUGGAUGUGCCGAAACCACAUAUUUCAAUCAAGACACCGAAAUUCGGGUUCGGUCUGGGCAAGAAGAAGACGAAAGUGAAGACUCCAAAGGCUGAUGUGAAAGUGGAGGGUGGAGCAGGUGGCGAUAUAGAUUUGGAUGCCGGUUUGGACGCUCACUUAGAUGGUAAAGCAAGAAAGGGAGGUAAGAAGUUCCAUUGGUCUCCUAAGUUCGGGUUGCCGAAGGGUGGUCUGAAGAUUGGUGGAGGUGCUGGUGUUGGAGUGCCGGACACCUCGGUGUCUGUCUCAGGUACGACUGGUGGUGUGGAUGUGUCUCUUCCGAAACCCGAACUCGAUGUCUCCAUGGAGGUUCCCGACGUUGGUGUGUCCGCCUCUGUGCCCGAAAUCGAUGUAUCAGGUGGUGAGUUGGGACUGACUGGGAAGGUUUCUGCACCCGGUGUGGAUGUCAGUGUUCCGUCGAAGAAGAAGAAGUUCACCUUCGGUUGGGGCUCGAAAGACAAGAAGGCGAAGAAGGUGAAGUUGCCCACAGUGUCGGGAGACGUGGAUGCUAGUUUGGAUGUGGGUGGAAAGGUUGAUGUUCCCAGUGUGAAAGUUGAUGUGGACUCAGGUGAUCGAGUCAAAGGUAAGAAGUUCCACUGGUCUCCGAAUAUCUCAUUGCCAAAGUUGAAAGUGCAUGGACCAGAUUUGUCUGGAAAACUUCAUGCAGAUGCACCUGAUGUGGAUGUGAAUGUGACUGGUCCAUCUGUGGAGAUGCCAUCUCUGAAAGCCAGUGGUCAUUUGCCUACUGUCGAUGUGUCCGUUCCCGAUGCAUCGUUGGGAGGUGAUCUAUCCGGUAAGCUCGAUUUGGAGGGUGUCGGUGUGGGAGUUGUGGACGCCGAUUUGAAUCUGCCAGACCUACAGAUCUCAGGAAAUGUGAGUGCACCGUCUGUCGAGGGAGACCUAUCCAUGCCAGAUGUUUCCGCCAAUCUGGACACAGAUGUGAAACUGCCCAGUGUGCAACUGACUGGUCCAGAUCUCCGUGUACAUGGUGAGAUGCCGGAUGUAGAUGUGGGUGCUAAGGUGGAUGUGCCGAAACCACAUAUUUCAAUCAAGACACCGAAAUUCGGGUUCGGUCUGGGCAAGAAGAAGACGAAAGUGAAGACUCCAAAGGCUGAUGUGAAAGUGGAGGGUGGAGCAGGUGGCGAUAUAGAUUUGGAUGCCGGUUUGGACGCUCACUUAGAUGGUAAAGCAAGAAAGGGAGGUAAGAAGUUCCAUUGGUCUCCUAAGUUCGGGUUGCCGAAGGGUGGUCUGAAGAUUGGUGGAGGUGCUGGUGUUGGAGUGCCGGACACCUCGGUGUCUGUCUCAGGUACGACUGGUGGUGUGGAUGUGUCUCUUCCGAAACCCGAACUCGAUGUCUCCAUGGAGGUUCCCGACGUUGGUGUGUCCGCCUCUGUGCCCGAAAUCGAUGUAUCAGGUGGUGAGUUGGGACUGACUGGGAAGGUUUCUGCACCCGGUGUGGAUGUCAGUGUUCCGUCGAAGAAGAAGAAGUUCACCUUCGGUUGGGGCUCGAAAGACAAGAAGGCGAAGAAGGUGAAGUUGCCCACAGUGUCGGGAGACGUGGAUGCUAGUUUGGAUGUGGGUGGAAAGGUUGAUGUUCCCAGUGUGAAAGUUGAUGUGGACUCAGGUGAUCGAGUCAAAGGUAAGAAGUUCCACUGGUCUCCGAAUAUCUCAUUGCCAAAGUUGAAAGUGCAUGGACCAGAUUUGUCUGGAAAACUUCAUGCAGAUGCACCUGAUGUGGAUGUGAAUGUGACUGGUCCAUCUGUGGAGAUGCCAUCUCUGAAAGCCAGUGGUCAUUUGCCUACUGUCGAUGUGUCCGUUCCCGAUGCAUCGUUGGGAGGUGAUCUAUCCGGUAAGCUCGAUUUGGAGGGUGUCGGUGUGGGAGUUGUGGACGCCGAUUUGAAUCUGCCAGACCUACAGAUCUCAGGAAAUGUGAGUGCACCGUCUGUCGAGGGAGACCUAUCCAUGCCAGAUGUUUCCGCCAAUCUGGACACAGAUGUGAAACUGCCCAGUGUGCAACUGACUGGUCCAGAUCUCCGUGUACAUGGUGAGAUGCCGGAUGUAGAUGUGGGUGCUAAGGUGGAUGUGCCGAAACCACAUAUUUCAAUCAAGACACCGAAAUUCGGGUUCGGUCUGGGCAAGAAGAAGACGAAAGUGAAGACUCCAAAGGCUGAUGUGAAAGUGGAGGGUGGAGCAGGUGGCGAUAUAGAUUUGGAUGCCGGUUUGGACGCUCACUUAGAUGGUAAAGCAAGAAAGGGAGGUAAGAAGUUCCAUUGGUCUCCUAAGUUCGGGUUGCCGAAGGGUGGUCUGAAGAUUGGUGGAGGUGCUGGUGUUGGAGUGCCGGACACCUCGGUGUCUGUCUCAGGUACGACUGGUGGUGUGGAUGUGUCUCUUCCGAAACCCGAACUCGAUGUCUCCAUGGAGGUUCCCGACGUUGGUGUGUCCGCCUCUGUGCCCGAAAUCGAUGUAUCAGGUGGUGAGUUGGGACUGACUGGGAAGGUUUCUGCACCCGGUGUGGAUGUCAGUGUUCCGUCGAAGAAGAAGAAGUUCACCUUCGGUUGGGGCUCGAAAGACAAGAAGGCGAAGAAGGUGAAGUUGCCCACAGUGUCGGGAGACGUGGAUGCUAGUUUGGAUGUGGGUGGAAAGGUUGAUGUUCCCAGUGUGAAAGUUGAUGUGGACUCAGGUGAUCGAGUCAAAGGUAAGAAGUUCCACUGGUCUCCGAAUAUCUCAUUGCCAAAGUUGAAAGUGCAUGGACCAGAUUUGUCUGGAAAACUUCAUGCAGAUGCACCUGAUGUGGAUGUGAAUGUGACUGGUCCAUCUGUGGAGAUGCCAUCUCUGAAAGCCAGUGGUCAUUUGCCUACUGUCGAUGUGUCCGUUCCCGAUGCAUCGUUGGGAGGUGAUCUAUCCGGUAAGCUCGAUUUGGAGGGUGUCGGUGUGGGAGUUGUGGACGCCGAUUUGAAUCUGCCAGACCUACAGAUCUCAGGAAAUGUGAGUGCACCGUCUGUCGAGGGAGACCUAUCCAUGCCAGAUGUUUCCGCCAAUCUGGACACAGAUGUGAAACUGCCCAGUGUGCAACUGACUGGUCCAGAUCUCCGUGUACAUGGUGAGAUGCCGGAUGUAGAUGUGGGUGCUAAGGUGGAUGUGCCGAAACCACAUAUUUCAAUCAAGACACCGAAAUUCGGGUUCGGUCUGGGCAAGAAGAAGACGAAAGUGAAGACUCCAAAGGCUGAUGUGAAAGUGGAGGGUGGAGCAGGUGGCGAUAUAGAUUUGGAUGCCGGUUUGGACGCUCACUUAGAUGGUAAAGCAAGAAAGGGAGGUAAGAAGUUCCAUUGGUCUCCUAAGUUCGGGUUGCCGAAGGGUGGUCUGAAGAUUGGUGGAGGUGCUGGUGUUGGAGUGCCGGACACCUCGGUGUCUGUCUCAGGUACGACUGGUGGUGUGGAUGUGUCUCUUCCGAAACCCGAACUCGAUGUCUCCAUGGAGGUUCCCGACGUUGGUGUGUCCGCCUCUGUGCCCGAAAUCGAUGUAUCAGGUGGUGAGUUGGGACUGACUGGGAAGGUUUCUGCACCCGGUGUGGAUGUCAGUGUUCCGUCGAAGAAGAAGAAGUUCACCUUCGGUUGGGGCUCGAAAGACAAGAAGGCGAAGAAGGUGAAGUUGCCCACAGUGUCGGGAGACGUGGAUGCUAGUUUGGAUGUGGGUGGAAAGGUUGAUGUUCCCAGUGUGAAAGUUGAUGUGGACUCAGGUGAUCGAGUCAAAGGUAAGAAGUUCCACUGGUCUCCGAAUAUCUCAUUGCCAAAGUUGAAAGUGCAUGGACCAGAUUUGUCUGGAAAACUUCAUGCAGAUGCACCUGAUGUGGAUGUGAAUGUGACUGGUCCAUCUGUGGAGAUGCCAUCUCUGAAAGCCAGUGGUCAUUUGCCUACUGUCGAUGUGUCCGUUCCCGAUGCAUCGUUGGGAGGUGAUCUAUCCGGUAAGCUCGAUUUGGAGGGUGUCGGUGUGGGAGUUGUGGACGCCGAUUUGAAUCUGCCAGACCUACAGAUCUCAGGAAAUGUGAGUGCACCGUCUGUCGAGGGAGACCUAUCCAUGCCAGAUGUUUCCGCCAAUCUGGACACAGAUGUGAAACUGCCCAGUGUGCAACUGACUGGUCCAGAUCUCCGUGUACAUGGUGAGAUGCCGGAUGUAGAUGUGGGUGCUAAGGUGGAUGUGCCGAAACCACAUAUUUCAAUCAAGACACCGAAAUUCGGGUUCGGUCUGGGCAAGAAGAAGACGAAAGUGAAGACUCCAAAGGCUGAUGUGAAAGUGGAGGGUGGAGCAGGUGGCGAUAUAGAUUUGGAUGCCGGUUUGGACGCUCACUUAGAUGGUAAAGCAAGAAAGGGAGGUAAGAAGUUCCAUUGGUCUCCUAAGUUCGGGUUGCCGAAGGGUGGUCUGAAGAUUGGUGGAGGUGCUGGUGUUGGAGUGCCGGACACCUCGGUGUCUGUCUCAGGUACGACUGGUGGUGUGGAUGUGUCUCUUCCGAAACCCGAACUCGAUGUCUCCAUGGAGGUUCCCGACGUUGGUGUGUCCGCCUCUGUGCCCGAAAUCGAUGUAUCAGGUGGUGAGUUGGGACUGACUGGGAAGGUUUCUGCACCCGGUGUGGAUGUCAGUGUUCCGUCGAAGAAGAAGAAGUUCACCUUCGGUUGGGGCUCGAAAGACAAGAAGGCGAAGAAGGUGAAGUUGCCCACAGUGUCGGGAGACGUGGAUGCUAGUUUGGAUGUGGGUGGAAAGGUUGAUGUUCCCAGUGUGAAAGUUGAUGUGGACUCAGGUGAUCGAGUCAAAGGUAAGAAGUUCCACUGGUCUCCGAAUAUCUCAUUGCCAAAGUUGAAAGUGCAUGGACCAGAUUUGUCUGGAAAACUUCAUGCAGAUGCACCUGAUGUGGAUGUGAAUGUGACUGGUCCAUCUGUGGAGAUGCCAUCUCUGAAAGCCAGUGGUCAUUUGCCUACUGUCGAUGUGUCCGUUCCCGAUGCAUCGUUGGGAGGUGAUCUAUCCGGUAAGCUCGAUUUGGAGGGUGUCGGUGUGGGAGUUGUGGACGCCGAUUUGAAUCUGCCAGACCUACAGAUCUCAGGAAAUGUGAGUGCACCGUCUGUCGAGGGAGACCUAUCCAUGCCAGAUGUUUCCGCCAAUCUGGACACAGAUGUGAAACUGCCCAGUGUGCAACUGACUGGUCCAGAUCUCCGUGUACAUGGUGAGAUGCCGGAUGUAGAUGUGGGUGCUAAGGUGGAUGUGCCGAAACCACAUAUUUCAAUCAAGACACCGAAAUUCGGGUUCGGUCUGGGCAAGAAGAAGACGAAAGUGAAGACUCCAAAGGCUGAUGUGAAAGUGGAGGGUGGAGCAGGUGGCGAUAUAGAUUUGGAUGCCGGUUUGGACGCUCACUUAGAUGGUAAAGCAAGAAAGGGAGGUAAGAAGUUCCAUUGGUCUCCUAAGUUCGGGUUGCCGAAGGGUGGUCUGAAGAUUGGUGGAGGUGCUGGUGUUGGAGUGCCGGACACCUCGGUGUCUGUCUCAGGUACGACUGGUGGUGUGGAUGUGUCUCUUCCGAAACCCGAACUCGAUGUCUCCAUGGAGGUUCCCGACGUUGGUGUGUCCGCCUCUGUGCCCGAAAUCGAUGUAUCAGGUGGUGAGUUGGGACUGACUGGGAAGGUUUCUGCACCCGGUGUGGAUGUCAGUGUUCCGUCGAAGAAGAAGAAGUUCACCUUCGGUUGGGGCUCGAAAGACAAGAAGGCGAAGAAGGUGAAGUUGCCCACAGUGUCGGGAGACGUGGAUGCUAGUUUGGAUGUGGGUGGAAAGGUUGAUGUUCCCAGUGUGAAAGUUGAUGUGGACUCAGGUGAUCGAGUCAAAGGUAAGAAGUUCCACUGGUCUCCGAAUAUCUCAUUGCCAAAGUUGAAAGUGCAUGGACCAGAUUUGUCUGGAAAACUUCAUGCAGAUGCACCUGAUGUGGAUGUGAAUGUGACUGGUCCAUCUGUGGAGAUGCCAUCUCUGAAAGCCAGUGGUCAUUUGCCUACUGUCGAUGUGUCCGUUCCCGAUGCAUCGUUGGGAGGUGAUCUAUCCGGUAAGCUCGAUUUGGAGGGUGUCGGUGUGGGAGUUGUGGACGCCGAUUUGAAUCUGCCAGACCUACAGAUCUCAGGAAAUGUGAGUGCACCGUCUGUCGAGGGAGACCUAUCCAUGCCAGAUGUUUCCGCCAAUCUGGACACAGAUGUGAAACUGCCCAGUGUGCAACUGACUGGUCCAGAUCUCCGUGUACAUGGUGAGAUGCCGGAUGUAGAUGUGGGUGCUAAGGUGGAUGUGCCGAAACCACAUAUUUCAAUCAAGACACCGAAAUUCGGGUUCGGUCUGGGCAAGAAGAAGACGAAAGUGAAGACUCCAAAGGCUGAUGUGAAAGUGGAGGGUGGAGCAGGUGGCGAUAUAGAUUUGGAUGCCGGUUUGGACGCUCACUUAGAUGGUAAAGCAAGAAAGGGAGGUAAGAAGUUCCAUUGGUCUCCUAAGUUCGGGUUGCCGAAGGGUGGUCUGAAGAUUGGUGGAGGUGCUGGUGUUGGAGUGCCGGACACCUCGGUGUCUGUCUCAGGUACGACUGGUGGUGUGGAUGUGUCUCUUCCGAAACCCGAACUCGAUGUCUCCAUGGAGGUUCCCGACGUUGGUGUGUCCGCCUCUGUGCCCGAAAUCGAUGUAUCAGGUGGUGAGUUGGGACUGACUGGGAAGGUUUCUGCACCCGGUGUGGAUGUCAGUGUUCCGUCGAAGAAGAAGAAGUUCACCUUCGGUUGGGGCUCGAAAGACAAGAAGGCGAAGAAGGUGAAGUUGCCCACAGUGUCGGGAGACGUGGAUGCUAGUUUGGAUGUGGGUGGAAAGGUUGAUGUUCCCAGUGUGAAAGUUGAUGUGGACUCAGGUGAUCGAGUCAAAGGUAAGAAGUUCCACUGGUCUCCGAAUAUCUCAUUGCCAAAGUUGAAAGUGCAUGGACCAGAUUUGUCUGGAAAACUUCAUGCAGAAUCCUGUAUUCCUAAUGUUCAUUUAAUGGACUCUGUACCUCUUGUUCUUUCUUCUACUUCAGUUUCUUCUUCUAUUCCUUGUCCCGAUGUUUCUUCUGUUCACGUUUUUUCUGAUUCUUGCUUAUCUCCUGAAUUUGUGCAAUCUUAUAUGCGCGAUUCUCUUUUAGUUUUCUCUGAUGCUGGCAUUAUUUCCCCUGUGGUUAGUUUCAGUCCUGCUGUCGUUUCUUCGCCUUCACCUUCUGAUCCAUCCGAAUCUGUUGAUUUCCUUCCUGCCGUUGAGGAACCUGUUAUUUCGGCGUUUUCCUCACCUGAAUUUUGUGAAUCCAGUACUCUUCCUUCUCGAAUUUCUCCUAGAAAUGCUUUUCAAGAUAUAGAUGAGAGCUUUUCAUCUCCUGUUGAUUCUGGUUUUAAUGGUGACAUUUCUAAUGAUGAGGCUGAAAUUGAUGAGAUUUUUAUUGUUCCCAUUCAAACCGAUCGUGCUGAAGCUGAAGAAAAAUCGUAUUCCCCUACUCAGAAUUUGAAUGCAUCACAUGGGAUAAAAUCUGAUAAAAGUAAAUUACACAGUCCAUUUCAUAUUUUGAAAUCAAAAAAACAUGAUAAAGAUUCUGCUCAUCGAGUAAAAGUCAUCGAUGCCAACGACCAAAUCUCAAGAAAUACUGAAAAACUUAAUGUUAAUAAUACUCUUUAUAGCAUCCCUGAUGGUUCAGGACGUAUUACAGUUGACAGCAAGUCUAAGAAAAAGGUGAAAUCUCAUAAUAAGAAACCACACAUAUUCGGUGGUCAAAUAUCGACUGAUGAAAUUAUUUCAGAUACUCCCAUGAAGCUGGAUCAUCAUGGAGACUACCACGACUUAAUAGGAGUAUCUGUUUCUAGUCAUAAUGCUGAUCUUGCUUUAACUCCUCGGCGUUCUCCCAGUAAACUCAGAGAUCCCUCUAUUCGGAAAACGUGGCAUGGUGCAAGAGAACCCUAUUCUGACUUUGUAGGAAGUCUCAAUUCAGACCAAGAUGAAUACACUUUAACUGAAGAUGUUUCGGUUAGUUAUCUACAACCAAGGUCAACCACAAAAUCCUCAAAUAACAAUUCAUUAAACGCUUCUGACUUUCUUCGACGUAGUAUAGGAAAUUCAACAAAACGCCGCCCUUGGAGCACUUUAGAAUAUCCACCACCUGGGUGUCAUUUUGUAGACGAUGAUUACAUGUUUCCAGAUGCUUUAACACCGACUAAAAUUCCAAGUUUUCGAGCAAGCAAGGAAAUAGUUUAUGAUGUUCCAUAUAUCGACGAUAAAGCCAUUCCACGUUAUGAACCUGAAUGGCCUAUAGGUGAAUCAAGAAGAACUUUGAUAUCUCAACUCUCACAGAAUAGUGGCAGUAUUGUUCGAAUGACAGCUGAGGAAGAAAGCAGUCUUAUAUCACUUGAUACUAAACUCUCCGAUCAUCAGAAUAUAUCCAAAAGAAUAAGUCGAUUUACAUCACAUCUUUUGAAAGGUAACAAAUCUUCAUUGGAACAAGAUGAUGAUGUUUCAAAACCUCGAUCGAAAAGUUUAACUCGAUUAAAAACAUGGUGGUCUAAACGUGUUGCUGCAUUAUUCUAUCAGAAUAACCAUCGAUUCAGAAAUGUCAUAGACAAUUUGUUAUUAAAUUCACCCCAUUGUACAAACAAAUGACUGGCAACACUUAGUAUCUAAGUGAAUAACGUGAUGACGUUUGAUGAAGUGAACAGUAUUGAUUUCCAGUCUCAAAAUGAACAUGAACUCUGAGAUACAGGUAUAUCAAACGGAUGAGUCCUAAAUAGGACGAAACAUUUAUCCUGUAUUCCACUGCUAGACAUUAUUCAUCUUUGCUAAUUUGUUAUUAAAUUGUUCGACUCCAACACUUGAAAUAAAUCAGUGAGAGAAUACUUUGAUUAUGAUAUUUAGUGAUCAAGAUCUAGAUCUUGUAGAUUGUAUCAAAUCUCUUAAGGGUACAGAUGUAUUAUAUUACUGAUAAAUAUAGGCUAGCAC